CAGGAAGAGGGACUGCAGGCAGACUGAGCCUGCGUGGUGAGUGAAUUCUGCCCUUGGCUUUUCUUUACCACUUCAACCAGGAGCCAAGAUUGCACCGUUGGGGCUCAAAGGUUCUGUCUGUUUGCAACUGAAACUUCAGUGCUUUCCACCACCAUCCACCUUAAGCUGUGGCUGCUCUCUGCAGAAGCUAGCAAUUAGUGGGUACCAUUCACUUGCCACUACACCAUCCUGUAUUAAUCUGCUGAAUCACCCAAUAGUCUUUAAGCAAGAAGAGCCUCAGAAGUUAGGAUAGAAAGAAGCCAGGGGAGUAGUGUGAUGGCUUCAAAAAUCCUGAUGAACAUGUCGGAGGAGGUGACUUGUCCCAUCUGCUUAGAGCUUUUGACGGAACCCCUGAGUCUAGAGUGUGGCCACAGUUUCUGCCAAGCUUGCAUCACCGAGAACAAUAAGAAGGCAAUGAUAAGCUCAGCAGAGGAAAGCAGCUGUCCUGUAUGUGGUAUCAGAUACUCACUUGAAAAUCUAUGGACAAAUCAGCAUCUGGCUGGCAUAGUGGAGAGACUCAAGGAAGUCAAGUUGAAGCCUGACAUUGAGAAUCAGAGAGAUUUCUGUGUGCGUCAUGGAGAGAAACUUCUACUCUUCUGCAAGGAAGAUAGGAAGGUCAUUUGCUGGCUUUGUGAGCGUUCUCAGCAGCACCGUGGUCACCAUACCUUCAUCCUUGAAGAAGCAGUUGAGGAAUGUCAGGAGAAGCUUCAGGCAGCUCUCAAGAGGCUGAGGAAAGAGCAACAGGAAGCUGAGAAGUUGGAAGCUGACAUCAGAGAACAGAGAAUUUCUUGGAAGUAUCAGAUACAGACUGAAAGGCAAAGGAUACAAACAGAAUUUAAUCAGCUUAGAAGCAUCCUGGACGGUGAGGAGCAGAGGGAGCUGAAAAGGUUGGAGGAAGAGGAGAAGAAGAUACUGGAUAACUUGGCAGAGGCUGAGGAUGAGCUGGCUCAGCAGAACCAGUUGGUGAAAGGGCUCAUCUCAGAUCUGGAGUGUCGGAGUCAGUGGUCAACAACAGAGCUUCUGGAGGACAGAAGUGGAAUCAUGAAGUGGUGUGAGUGCUGGACACUGAAGAAGCCAAAAGCUGUUCCCAAGAAACUGAAGAUUGUGUUCCAUGCACCAGACCUGAGGGGGAUGUGGCAAGUGUUUAAAGAGCUAACAAAUGUCCGGUGCUACUGGGUGGACUUCACAUUGAAUCCAGUCAACCUAAAUUUGAAUCUUGUCCUUUCAGAAGAUCAGCGACAAGUGAAAUCUGUGCCAAUUUGGCCAGUUAAGUGUUCUAAUUAUUGUAUCUUAGGCUCCCAAUAUUUCUCCUCAGGGAAACAUUACUGGGAAAUAGAUGUAUCCAAGAAAACUGCCUGGAUCCUUGGAGUAUACAGUAGAAAACAUUCUAUAAAGAACAGUGGUAGACCAGGCACAGAUUUUCCAGAUGUUUACUACAGAUACAGACCUCAAAAUGGCUACUGGGUUAUAGGGUUACAAAACAAAUUUAAGUAUAACGCCUUUGAGGACUCUCCCACCUCUUAUCCAACACUUUUGACCCUCUUUAUGGCUAUUCCUCCCCAUCGUGUUGGAGUUUUCCUCGACUAUGAUGGAGGCACUACCUCAUUUUUCAAUGUCACAAAUCAUGGGUCACUCAUCUACAAGUUCUCUAAAUGUUGCUUUUCUCAGCCUGUUUAUCCAUAUUUCAAUCCUUGGGAUUGUCCAGCCCCCAUGACUCUGUGCCCACCAAGCUCCUGAAUUAUCUCAUUCCUUGGUCAACUUCUUGUACUCCUUGCCUUGAGGCUCAUCUCCUGCAUCUGAGAGCAUCUGUACCAUUCAGACCAUCUCUUCCUUGUAGUCUCCCUUCUUUACUUGAGAACUUUUAUACAUCUUUGAGAUGCGUAGUAUAUCUGGCUUGAAAUAAGAGAGAUACUUAUUUGCCCAUUUAGUGUUUUUCAUAUUCUCAAAGGAAAACAUCUAAUCCCUCUCAAAGAUGGAAAAGUUUUGGCAUAGCAUCCAUGUCCUCCCAUUUCUCCAUAUUUCCCUGUAUCACUGGUCUGAAGAGACUUGGCAAAGCCUGUUAUCACCCAUCUAUGUUACUUAGGACAAUCCAUAUGAAUCACUCUCUUGAACACCACCACCACCAACUAAAGAGUUUUUGAAUGUAUGUCAGUUUGCCCAGGAUUCGCCAAGUUCAUCAAGUAGUCAAGGAGAAGAACACAUAAGCAAUAGAUAUAAUCAUAAUGAAGAGUUAUGUCCAGAGUGUUUGAGUUUAAAUCCUGACAGGAUUAUGUAUAAUGAUGAGUUCUGGUUUUUUUCCUAUAUAUGAAUUGGUAUUUGAAAUUGUACCUAAGAUCAUUGUGUAAAUUUAAAUGUCAGUAAAUAUAAAAUACCUACUUAACUGUUGUGUGCAGAAUAAUAAAUGUUCGCUGUGAUGAUUGCUAAAAAUUAAAAGUUGUGCUCUUGUCUUAGGCAAUAGAUUUGUGCCUUUCAUAAUAAUUAUAACCGUUUCUACUGAAGUUUCAUUUUGUAAGUUCCCAAACUCUGCCAUCAAGACAAUUUCAGUUCUAGCUUAAUUUCAUCAAACUUUUUAUACUGAUGUUGGUACUGUUUUUAAGGUCUUUUAUUAGCUGGGUACUGGUGGCUCAUGCCUACAAUCCUAGCUGCUUGGAAGCCUGAGAUCAGUAGGAUUGCAGUUCAAGGUAACCUCCAAAAAACAGCAAGACCUUGUCUCAAAAACCCCCAACACAAAAAAGGACUGGCAAAGUGGCUCAAGUGGUAGAGCAUCUACCUAGUAAGCAUGAGUCUCCGAGUUUAAAUACCAGCAUUGCCAAAAUAAAUAAAUAAGGAAGGAAGGAAGCCUUUAUUAGGAAAGUUUAGAACUGAAAAAGUAUGAAUUUCCAUAAUCUAUUCAAUGCAGGGAGUCAUGGAUUUUAAUAAAAAGGUAGAGUCUUUUGGUGUUCAAAACUUUUCCUGUGGUAAAGUACUUGAGUGUAUUGUUGUUAGCUACCAAUUCAAGCACUUUUCUUUCUUCUUCUUGUUCUUGUUUUUAAACUAAUUUAAAGCUAAGAAUGAGAGCUGGCAAAAUGGCUCAAACAGUAGAAUACCUGCCUCUAAGCAUGAGGUCCUGAGUUCAGACCCCAGUCUUGCACCCUCUAUCCCCAAAAACCAAACUGAGUGAACAAAAAUCUUAGAAUAAGUAAUAGACCUACCUAGGAUAGCAAAAACACAAAAUUUUCUUAGAGAAUUAUGCUUUAUAAGUUAGAGAUAGUAUGUUUUAUAAGUUCUUCACAG